AUGUUCGAGGGUAAGCUCACGUCCGUGCUGAACAAGCUGCUGGGCGAGUACGUCCACGGCAUCAGCGCCAAGGACCUCAGCGUCGCGGUGUUCAAGGGCGACGUGGUGCUGAAGAACCUGCGGCUGAAGACCGAAGCGCUCAACGCGCUCGACCUGCCGUUCGUCGUCCGCAGCGGACUCGUCGGGAAGCUCUCGCUCCAGAUCCCGUGGCGAGCGCUCGGCAAGCAACCGGUCGUCGCCACGAUCGAGCGGCUGUACGUCGUCGCCGGAUUCGCGGACGACGUCGAGGGCGACGACGCGCUCACCGUGGAGGAACGGACGGAGCGAUGGGAGAAGGCCAAGGCGGCGCUUCGCAGGAGGGAGAUCGACGAGGGCGAGACCAGAUGGCUCGAAUCCGCGCUCGCCGCGGAGGCUACGCGGGACGACGCGACGAAGAACGAAGACGCCAAGGGCGACGGAUGGCUGGCUGGCAUGCUGGACACUGUGCUGGGAAACCUGGAGGUGAGCAUAUCAAAGAUUCACGUCCGCCUCGAGGGCGACCUCGUCGAGACCGGGAGCGGGAAUCGGCCCGCCGGCGGCGCCAGCCGUGCCGACCACCGCGCCUCGUCGAGCGGCUCGACCGAUUCGCGCGGGGAACGCUUCGCCGCCGGCGCCACCCUCGAGUCGCUCGUGAUCAACACCGUGGACGCGUCGGGCGCCGCGGCGUUCACCGUGGGCGGCCUCGCGGAGCGCAUGCGCAAGAGCGCCAAACUGACGGGACUCGCGGUUUAUUUCGACGUGGGGGCGGACUCGCUGGCGCCCGACACAGCUGGCGGGUGGGAAACCGUCUCGCCGGACGCGCUCGUCGCGGCGAUGGAACCCGGCGUCGUCGUCUCGAACCACCCACGCGGGAAUGGGAACGACGCAUCGUUCGUCGUCGCGCCGGUUCGCGUGAUGGGUCCACAGCCUGGGUCCAUUGACGGGUCCACGGGGUCCGCAGCCGCCGCCGCGGAGCAGGCGAAUCGCCGCCAGUACCUUCUCGAACCCGUGAGCGCGUCUGCGUACUACGAGCGAAGGGGAAAGCGGGAGCCAGCCGCCCGGAACGACGUCCCGGGUUCAUCACUCGCCCCGAACGGCGGCGUCCCGGCGCAGCGGAUCCACCUGCGAAUCGAUUCGGUCGCCGCGAGGCUGACGUCCUCGCACCUGCGAGCCGCGUACGUCGCCGCCGAGCGUCUCGAGCGCGACGCCAGGCGCGCGCCGCACGCGCACCUUCGCCCGAGAGGCUCCGGUCCAUCGUCCAUCGUCUCGGAUGACGCACGAUUUCGCGGCGAGAGCGGCGCUCGAGCGUGGUGGAGGUUCGCCGUCGCCGCGGUGACGUUACGGAUCCGCGAGGAGACGUUACGGGCGGGGGGACGUUACAGGUCGUCGUUUCGCGUCGACGAGGUCGUGCGGGCGAUGCGCGCGCGGCGCGAGUACGUGGAAUCGUACGUCCAGAACGCCAUCGCGCCGCACCCGAGGCCGAUGACUAAGAAGAAGCCGAAUAAGCGUUGGCCCCCGUCGAUGGACGUCGGGUCGGUUCCGGCGAUGGACGCGGUGGAGGCGAGGUACCCCGCGCACGUCUGCGUGCUCUUUCGCGCGAUCGCGCACCAGCAGGCCAGGCGCCGAGGGUUGAUCCGCGACGUUGACGAGGACGAUGGAGGCGGCGGGGGCGUCGCCGGGGGUUUUUUCCGCGUCUUCGGUUUUUCCGGGAAGAGCAGCCGGGAAAAGCAGCUCGAAUCGUCCAACUCGGAAUCCGCCGAGGAAGGCGGCGACGCGGACAUGAGCGAAGACGACUGGGCCAAACUCGACGCCGUGUUCGACGUCGGGGCGAGGGCCGAGGCGGCGACGGAUGAUACUCACGGCGGCGAGCUCGCUACGGCGCCGCAGUCGGAGGCGACGAUCGCGGUGGGAUCCGUAUCGCUCAAGGUUGUCGACGACGAAGCGGAAACUUGUGACGCGGAUGAUGCGAACGAUGAGAAUCGUGCGAACACGAGUACGUCGCGCGAGGUUCUGAACGCGUCCGUCACCGGGCUGGUCGCCGGCGCGAGGUCCUUCGGCGGCGGCGGGGCGGACGCUCGAUGCGACCUUCGCGCGAUGGAUCUCGACGUGGGCGGCGCGAAGAUUCUUCGAUCGGCGGGCGCGAAGAGCGCGUCCUCUCUGGACGACUGGGCCCCGGCGACUGGCCCUGGGGGGUCUCGUUCGUCGUCCGAGGCGCCGGGGUGCGUCACGGCGAGUCGAGUCGCGGCGGCGCUCUGGGGACGCGCAUCCGGGGCUGGUGACUCACCGGCCGGCGGCGUCGAGUCCGGCGACGAGGACGAAUUCGUCGACGCGUCGGACGCUGCGGUCGAACCCCCCGUGGACGACUCGAUGGACGUCAAUCAAACGGCGGUCGAACCACCCGAGGCUCUCUCGCUCAGGUUCGAGAAACUCGCCAAAGCACCCUCGCGAAACUCGGGGAUUGAUGAUCCCAACGGUUCGCCGUCCCGCCCGGACGUCAGGGUCGGGAUCGAGCUCGCUCCCGCGCGCGUCACCCUGCUCAGGGCGCCGGUGCAGGCGUUGGUGCGGACGCUGACCCGUCACAAGCCCGCGCAGCUUGCGGAGCAGGAGGAGCUGCUGAGGAGGGCGGUGGCGCGGGGGGCGAGCGACGCGGCGAGGGGCGCGCGCGAGGCGUUGGUCGCGGCGCUCGCGGACAGGCCCGUGGUGGACGUGUCGAUGACGGUGCACGCGCCGCGCGUCGCCGUGCCGUCGAGGUACCUUCGUACCUCGAAAGAGGUACCUACAGAGGUACCUUCGGGCGUGAGAGGUGUCCACAAAGAGGUGUCGAACGACGACGAAUUGGACGCCGAAAACGACGACGACGACGCGACGCUCCUGCUGGACCUCGGCAGGUUCGAGCUGCGCACGGUUCCCGCGACGGACCUGGGCGCAGACGCGCGAGACGCCAAGCUGUUCAACGCGUUCAGGGUCAAGAUCUCCGACGUCGCCGCCUCCUUACUCCCCGGCGGUUGGGACCCGAACGGGUCCUGGCGAAAGGUGACUGGCGGAGGCGCGGGUUUGAAUUCCGAUUUGUUCCAACCCUCGGGCCCGCGUUCGCUUCUGCCGCUUCUGCCGCCGUUCGGAGCCGAGGCGACGGCGCUCCAGGCGCUGGCGCCCGUCCCGGGUCGAGCGUCGAUGGAGAUUAGCUUCCGCGCGGGGGCGCUGAGGGCGGCGCUGUCGCCGGCGCGGAUGCGUCAGCUCGAAGCCGUCGCGGCGCAGAUGAGCGACGUCGGCGAGGGAACCGUUUCGGGAACCGUUCCGGGAACCGUUCCGGGGAACGGUCGGGAUCUCGACGACGACGCCGCGAGCGCGAGCGGGUCGGACGUUUUCAGCGACGUCGGGUCGUCGGUUGACGUCACGCACGCCGGGUCCGUCGCGGUAAAGGCGGCGAGGGUAUCGGUCCUGAAGGUUUCGUUGGGCCGACUGCGAUGGGUCCCUUGCGCUAUUCGCGUGGACGAGCCCACGAACUCGCUCGUCCUCUUCGACUCCAAGGGUAAGAACGUGUUCCCCCCGACGUCGUUAUCGGGUCGGGGCGCCGGAGCGGUGCGAUUCUCCAAGAGGGCGGCGGUGGGACAACCCAACGCGAUCGUCGUGUGCGACGGCGCGAGAAGGAUGUCCGAGGCUGUCGCGGCGAUGCGAGCCGCGGAGAGGAGGAGGCGAUCUUCGUCGGGAGAGGAGGCGAACGACGGGAACGGCGGCGGCGGCGACGGCGGCGACGGCGAAGACGUCUGCCUCGACCGCGUCUCCGCUGUGGCUAGGGCGUCGAGGAUCAUCCGGUUCAGGUCCGAGGAGCAGAGCGUACGGUGGAGGGACCUCAUCAACGACGCCGCGUCGCGAGCUGCCGGCGGCGUGGAUCGACCACCCUCCGGGCCGGUCGCUUCGCCGGAGGAAGAGAGCGCCCGAACGGACGUCGACGACGCCGGCGGGACCGCGAUUAAGAUCCACGCGACUCUCGCGGAGCUCAGCGUCGUCAUCGCCGCUCCGCUGACGCCGUUCGGGCCGCCGGAGGAGUCGCCGAUCCCCGCCGGGACGGGAAUCGCUCGGGCGAACUCUUCGGCUAGCGCGGGCUCGUUGAACUCGUCCAACUCUGACGUCUUCUACGACGCGGACGCGGACGCGGACGAGUGGUGGAACUCGGCGGCCGGGAGCGAGCCCGCCGAGGCGACGGGGUCGACGUCCCGUAACGCCUGUAACGUCCCCGAGCGUGCGUUGGUCCGGCUGGUGCUCUCUCGCGUCGCCGCGACGGUGGUGAACGGUGCGCACGAUUUGGACGUUACGGUGUCCUUAUCGUCUCUCACCGUGCACGACGCUCACAUGUCCGAGAAGCUCGGCAGGCCGUGUCGGCUGCUCACCUCGGGCGCGGCGACGGCGGUGGGAGUGGACGGCUCCUCUUUCGGAAGCUCUCCAGAGGCAAUCGGAAGCUCUCCAGAGGCAAUCGGAAGCUCUCUCGUCGUUCGCUAUCGAUCCGUCGCCGAGCGAUCCCCGGAGUACCGGGGCGUGAACUCGGAGGUCCACGCGGCGCUCGGUCCGGUGUCGUUGGCGGUGCGCAGGCCGUCCAUCGCGGCGCUGGCGGCGCUCCCGUCUCUGAUGAACCCUAAAACAACUCCCGACGACGACUUCGACGACGCGAGCGGCGGCGCGCACGAGGUCAGCCCGGGGGGCCCCGACUUCGGCGGCGGCGAAGCGAUCGCGGUGGAGAGCGGUAAACGCAGGGUCGCGAUGCGAAUCAACGCCAGGGUGGACGCGCUUCGCCUGGCGCUCUUACUCGACGACGCGCUCGAGGAUGACGCGGGCGGGGUCAGGGUACCGGGUCCCGGGAGGGGCGGGGACGGGGGAGGAGGAGGAGGCUUUCCGGGCGGUUACAUGACCAACCCCGGGUGCUUGGCGGAGGCUGAGGUCUCGUCGCUCGUGGCGCUCGUGUCGCUGUACCCGUCCACGGUCGCGGCCGAGUUCACGCUGGGUUCGUUGACGGUGUGCGACCCGCGAUUACCGGUCGAUCACCCGUACAGGUGGGCAGUCAGAGCCGCGGCGGCGAACGCGGCGAACGCGGCCGGCCUCGAGGACGGCGUCUCUUAUGUCUCCCCUCCUGGUGGACCGCUGGUGGAGGUUUCUUACGAGACUUUCGACGUCGGGACGGAGGCUGACGGGGCGAGCUCGAGCGUGAGCGCCAGGCUGCGGCCCACGCGCGUGGUUUUCCUCAACAGGCUCGUGACGGAGUGUCGAGCCUUCGUCACGGGACUCGUCGACGGCAUCGGCGAAGCCGACGAGGGCGGAAAAGAGUCUGCACCCGCCAAAGCCGCCGACGGGGAGGUCGGCGGUUCGAACCCGGGGAGGGGCGGCGGUGAGGUCAACGCCGUUCGGCUCGAUGUCGCGCUCGAGGCGCCCACGAUCGUCGUGCCGAGAUCCACGCGCGACACGUCCCUCGCGUUGGAGCUGGACAUGGGUUCUUUGGCGGCGAAAAACACCCUCGAGGUUGAUAAGGCGUCCCCCUCGCGGGUGGUUGACAGGCUGGCCGUCGGACUCUCCGGCGUCCGCGUCGACGUGGUCAGGAACGGCGACGACGACGGAGGAACAACGGGACGAGGAGGGACGGGACGAGGCGUUACGGGCGUUACAGAUCGCACGCCGCUCGUGAGGGAACCCGCGUCGAUUGACGCCGUCGUGUGGCGCGUGCUCGCCGACUCGUCCCCACAAAAACCCUCACCCCACGAAAACGCCCAAUCCGCCGCCCAUCCCCGGGUCCGAACCUCCGACUUCCCCGUCGUCGUAUCGGACGACGACCCGGACAUCGCGCUCGAGGUGGACGUCGCGCCCUUGCGGCUGGACCUGAGCGCGGAGGAUUACCAGUUGCUCUCCACGUGCUUCUCGGAUAACUUAACUCGAGACGCUCCGGCGGAGAUUCCUAAAACGACGAAUCCGGUGGAUAAACGCGCCCUCUCGAACGCACGGCGACGAGUGUCGGACACGAUGUACGGACGACAUACGAGGAGGACGACGACGUACGCCACCGCUCAAAGCGGCUUUGGCGUCGACGCCGGUGCACAGCUGUUGACGCUCGAGGAGGACGCCGAAGAACAAUAUCACGAAGAACAACAUCACGAAGAACCGGACGACGAAGUGCCGUUCGAUCAGAGGCGCCGCCUUGGUCGCGGCGCCGCGGCGCUUCGCCGGCUUCCUCCGGGGCUGGCGGGAUUCGUCCCGGUCGGUCCGUCCCGGGUGGCUUCGAGGAUAGCCGCGAGGGUGAAGCUCGUGGAGCUGUCGCUGUUUAGGGGCGGCGGACGCGGCGAGCCCUUGGCGUCGCUCUCCGUUCGGUCUCUGUUCGCGGAGGUUUGCGCGUUCGACGGCGAGACCGGGACGUCGACGACGCACGCGACGAUCGGCGCGCUCGCGAUUGAGGAUCUCAGGGACCCGCGCGCGCGCCGCCGGGCCGUUCGGGGCGGGUAUUUUCCCGAAAACGUUUCGACGUCCCCCGAAGAAUCGACAUCGACGUCCGCAUCGGAAUCGGUGUCCGGGACGGCGGUCGAUCGCAUCCCCGCGCCGCUGCUCGCGUACGAGCAGACGAAGGGCCCCGCGGUGAACGGGUCGCGCGGGUCCGCGACGCUGCAGCGGCUGCGUCUGGAGGUUGAGCCCACGUUUUUGCUGGACGUCGCCAGGGUCUUUGUCCCGACGCUCGCGGGGGGCGGCGGCGAGGCUCCCGAGCUCGUGCUGCCCGACGACGUUCGCAUGACUCCCGGCGAGACGUACGUGCUCGAUCGGGACGUGGCCCUCAACGGGAAAAACAGGAGGAUACUGGCGGAUGGGGUCGACGGCGGGGUGUACGUGUUGGACGGGCGAGGUCACGCCAUCGCGAUUGACGCGGACGGGCUCGUAGGCGGGAACGGCGACGGCGGCGGCGGCGGCGACGGCGACGAAGCCGACUUUCACCCGGUCAUCUUCGUCGGUCCGAACUGUUCGUUGACGAUCAAGAACGCCGUCAUCGAGACGUCGUCGUCGAGAGGAGGAGGGACGGGCGCGAAGAAGGGACCGGCGCGGGGUAAGGCUCUGUGGCCGCGUCUGGUUCGACUUGCGCCCGGGGGAAGAAUCAGCGCGAGCAGCAGAGAUAAGGUUUCGUUCGCGUCGUCACACGGCGCCGCCGUCGCGCCGGACAAAGUAACGGACACGGACAAAGUAACGCUCGUCGACGGCGCCAAAACUUCCGCUGUCCGGGGAUUGAAGCCCGGAGAUCGUUCCUCGCUGUCGAUCCGCGUCGUCGGGGUGAGCUUACGAUUGAUCGGGGAGACCCGCGGAGACGAACGCGACGCGAUCGACCUCGACUUUGGCCUCGCAGCCUCCGUUCACGACGAGGCAUCGGACGUCGCCGUGAAACGGAAAGACGAAGCUGACGAUGUGGGACGUUUAAGCGACGAGGACGAGGACGAGGGCGUCGUCGAGACUGACGUGCAGGUGCAGCUGCUUCGCGUCGGGGUCAGCCGCCCCGAAUGGGACGCCGGCGCGCUCCGUUGGAUCGAGCGCGCCGCCGGCGACGACGUGCUGUUCCCGGUGGACCUCACGUUUCGGAUGAUCUCGCAGGCGAACGCGGCGACGGGCGCGCGAAGGCGGGGGGUGGACGCGCGCGUGACGGUGGUGAGCGGGCCGACGCGCCUGGCGCUGUCGCCCUCGAAGAUCGCGACGCUGACGCGGGUAUCGCAGAGGCUCGCCGCCGCCGUCGCCUCUUCGCCCGCGCGUCCGUGCGGUGUCUUCGCCCCCGUCUGGUCCUCAUAUUCCUAUUACUCUUCCGACAACGGCGUUUUCCGCGACGGCGUCUCGGGCGCCGCGUCCGGCGCCGCGUCGUGGGCGGUGUGGCGACCGACGCCUCCCGCCGGGUACGCCCCACUCGGCGACUGCGUCUCAUUCGGCGGGGAUAAACCGCCGACGGAACCGGUGCUCGUCAUUCGCGAUUCACCCGCGUUCACCGCCGCGCCGGUACGGUUCGAGCGCGUGGCGUUGCCCGACGCGGCGAUCGCGAACGGCGUCGCGGAUGGGCUCGCGCUCUGGCGACCGGUCCCGCCCCCGGGGUUCGUCUCCCUCGGGCUCGUCGCGACGUCGAUUCGCGCGGGCGAUCAUCAGACGGCGGACGCAAACGGCGUAAAAGACGAGGACCAAACGCAACAUGACCCGCGACGUGACCACCCGCACGGGUUACCGAACCCGCCCCCCGCGGAUUGCGUCAGGUGCGUGAGGGUCGAGCUCGCGUGCGCCGCCGAUGGCGUCUUUGGCAGGGUUUGUGCGGGCGUCGGCGACCCGCCCGCGUGGAUCGUCGAUAACAAAGCGCGAACGCUCGUGGCGGGGAGCUCAUUGGCGUCGAGCGCGUCGUCGUCCUCCGCGCUUGGGCCCUCCUUUGGGUCGUUCACCGCGUGUUUUGACCUUCGAUCGCCGACGGGGCUUCCCGGGGACGAUGUUUCCGGGCCAUCCGGCGCUUCAAAUAAGACGAACGUCGACGCCGACGAGACCGAUAAAGGCCGCACUGGACACAGCGCGUCGCUCGGGCGCUCGUCCGGGAGGGUUUUCGGCGCGUCCGAGAGGAGGGCUUUCGGCGACGACGCCCCCGCGACGGCGACGGUGGUCGAAUUUACCCGCGUGUGGUGGGAUUUCAACAGCGGCGCUCGCUCCCGACUGUCCGUCUGGCGGCCGACGUGUCCCCCCGGGUUUGUCUCCCUGGGAGACGUCGCCGUCGCCGAGCUGCAGCCGCCCGCGUCCACGGUGGUGGUCCAGAUGCGCCGGGUCGAUCGGCGACGACGCCGGGACUCGAACCUCCGACCUCCCGUGGCGUGGCCCGUGAAUUGGGAGAUGGUGUGGCGCGACUCGGGUUGGCGAGCGCAGGGGAAAAAAGCCGGCACGAUUUCCUUUUGGAAACCCGUCCCCCCCGACGGGUACGUGCCCAUCGGACACGUCGCGAGCGCCUCGCACGCCCCGCCGCCGCUCGAUACGUGCGCGUGCCUCCGCGCGGAUCUGGCGACGAUCGUCCCGAGGGAGGCUUUCGAGCGAGGCCCGGCGUGGACGCCCUCGGGAGCGGGGUUCAAACUGGGGCGAAAGCCCCUCGCGAUUUUUCGCGCCGCGAACGCGAUUGACCUCCUCUCCUCUUCCCCCCCGCCCGACGGAAGAUCGCCCAACGGGGGAUGCGCGGAUCCCUUCGACCGCGACUACCUGCCGCUCGGUACCUUUCACGCCGUGAACGGGGAGGAACGCGACGUGGGCGGCGCCAGGGGCGGCGGCUUGGCGCCGCCGGAUGUCGCGUACGGUUUACCGGUUUCAAAGUGGGUCAAACCGUCCGACGGCGCUUCUUUCUUCUUUCAAACGGCGCUUUCAAACCCGGCGCUUUCGACCGCGACUCCUCCUCCCGGGACGGUGGCGACCGCGGCGAUGGACCUUCUCGACGCCACGCUGUACGUCGACGAUCGCGGGAACGAUCGCGGCGUUAUCAGAAACGGUCGCAAUGAUGGGCAAGGAAGUAUGUUUCCGACUCCCCUGGCUCGACUCGCGCUUCGUCGGGUCAACGUCGACGCGAGACUCUCGCCGUCGAUCGCCGCGGAGGUGACCGCAACCGCGGACGUCUGCCACUUCAACGCGCGAACCGCCGCGUGGGAGCCGGUGGUGGAGCCGUGGGCGCUCGCCGCGCGAUACGAGCAGGCGAAGAAGAGGCUUCCGGAUGCUUCCGAGCCUCAGUCUUUCGGGGAUAUGAGGCCGACGGGUUCGACGAUCCAGGUUUCCGGCUCGACGCCGCUUCGCCUCGUCGUCACGGAUGCCUUCGCCGAGGACGUCGCGAAGGCUUCGAAGUCGUCGCUGAGAACGGUCGCCACGAACGGUCGGAAACGGUCGGAAACGGUCGGAAACGGUCAGUCGCGAACCGGCGCCGUCAACGCCACCGGGCGGACGCUCUGGGUCGCUCACGGCUCAUCGUCCGCCGCGACAGAGGUACCACCCGACGGGGUCAUUCCGCACGUGUUGGGAGGGGGAGGAUCAGGUGGAAGAGGAAGAGGGGGGGGGCUCGACGGCGACGACGACGACCGUUACGACGACCGUUACGACGACGCCGAUCCCACCUACCUUCUCGUCGAGAUUCUAGAGACUGAGGAGGGUACGCCCGAGGAAAGCGCCGGCUCGUCCAGCGCGAAAGCCGCUCUCGUGCCGGCUCCCAGGGACGCGUUUCGCGUGGCGCUCGUCGAAGGCGGCGACAGCCUCGGCGCCUCGUUCCUACCCGCGGGGGAGACGCGGGGAGCCGCGCUGGUGGACGUGUCCAACUGGCGCUCGGCGGCGCGGGCGUUGGCGGAUCGAGUCCGGGGGGGUCGAGUCCCGGAGCCGCCGCCGCUGCGGGUGGAGGUGACCCUCGCGCCCGCACACGACGCCGCCGUCGCCGCCGCGCUCGCGGGCUCGGGGUUGGACACGUUCACCGCGCGGUGCGUGCUCGAAUACGACGCGGGGGCGAUGCUGAACGACGCUCUGCAAACGAAAGGAGGUUCCAAAACAUCGCGAUUGAACGGGGGCGGGUGGUUUCCGAGCGAGCGAGGCGAGUGGCGCGAGAUGAGACUCGCGAGACGCGACGUUACCGGAGGCGCCGACGGAGAAGGCGGGUCGAGCGACGUGAACGACGCGCGUGAACGGCGCAAACCGAGGAUCAGGGUUCGCGCCCGCCUCGCCGAGGGGCUCGACCUUCGUAUCCCGCGACGCGGCGGAGGGUCGGACCGAGAGGAAGACGCGGGCGAUCAGAGGGUGGCGACUGUCGGACACACUAUCGGACAUACUGUCGGACACGAUAUCGGACAUACUGUCGAGAAGGUUGUUUCGUCGUCCGCCGCCUCCUCGUUCGGCGGCGAAGGGUUACGCCUGGUUCGCGUCCGGCAGCUCGAGCUCGUGUGGUGGUCGAGAAAUUCUGGCGCAGCGUGCGAGGCUUCCGCCUGGGCGCCGGUGUGUCCCCCGGGGACGGUUUCGCUGGGAACGGCGAUCGUGCCGUCGUUCCGAGCUCCCACCGAGGCGUUCGUCGUUCGCGCACCGUGGUUGACGACGGCGACGGCGACGGCGUCGGCGAGCGGCGCCUCCCCGAUGGAGGACCCGUCCCCGAUCGACCCUUCCCCGCCUACCGAUUGGCGGUCGCCCGUGGCGCCCUCCGUCGGCUUCGACCGCGUCUACGGCGACUCCGGGUCCCGGCUCAAGAAAAACCCCGGCGUCGGCACCGUCGCCGUCUGGCGCCCGCGCGCCCCGCCCGGAUACGUCGCCAUCGGCAACGUCGUCACGCCCAAUCACCAUCCGCCGAAUCCGACCGAAAUCGCGUGCGUUCGAGCCGAUCUCGCGCAGCCGUCCGCGCCAGCCCCGGCGCCGCUGUGGACCACGGCGGGCGCCGAGGCUAAGCUCGGACGCGUGCCCCUCGCGAUUUACAGGACCGGGGUGUGCGCUGGCGCGGGUUGGAUGGCGGUGGCGUCGCGCGACGCGGCGGACGUUACCCAGGUACCGCCGCCGUAUGAGAUUCGUUGGGACUCGUUCGAUUCGCCUUCGGGGGUCCGAGUGGACGACGAGGAUGAACGGUCGGGCGGCUCGGGUUUAGGGGCCGGCGACUGGUCCGAAACAGCCACCGCCGCCUCGUCCAUCCCUAGGAUCGCGCUGUCCCCCAACGGCCCGUGGGUGCCCGUGGGCGCCAGGCGCCUCGGAGCCGCCGCCGCCGCCGCGGUGGGAGCGGGCCCCGCGCGAUGCACCGCGCUCGUCUUCGACAGGAGGGGCGGGUGCGUCCGUGGGCCGUGCGUGUUGACAUCGACGCUGCCUCUCGCGCUGGAGGUUCGGACGGUGCCCAUCGCGCACGGACGCGGCUCGGCUUCUUCGUCCCUCCCCGACUCUGGCCUCGCUCGUUCGUCCAAACAAAGCGCGAGCGUCGAGGAAUCGGUUUUCGAGAGCGAGAGGUUCUUCCCGUUCGUCGGGUGGCAAGAGCCCAAAGGGCAGCUCGACGAGUUCUUCACCGCGCGCUUCUCCCGCGGCGUCUCCGGUAAAGCAUCCACGUCGCACUUCCCGGACGUGCCCUUACCGGAGGGUUGGCGAUGGGACGGCGCCUGGAACGCGGAUACCCCCGCCGACGCGAGCGUCGACGGCGCCGGUUGGGCGUACGCGGUCAACUGGACGAGGGAGUGGCCGCCGCCGAGGGGUUCGGAGAACAGGGGCUUGUGCGCGACGAGACGGAGGCGAUGGCGGCGGACGCGCGUGCCCGUCGGUUCAUCUUCCGAAGUCGGUUCAUCUUCUUCUUCCGUUCGCGAGUGGCGCGGUUCGAUCGGACCCGCGGCGUCAGGCGGCUCGGGCGCGGACGACUCGAGUCGCUCGACGCCUCUGCCUGUGGGUUGUGGCGGACACCGAUGCGGCGGGGACGAGACGAUGGGCCUCGACCUGCGCCUCCUCCGGUCACCCGGGCCGACCGGUGAGUCACCGCCCGGCGAGUCACCGGGUGGUGAGUCACCGCUGUCGACGUGGGGGACGCGAUGCGCGCACGCGCGGUCCAACCUGUGGCCCAUCCGCGCGGGUUCCUUAGGUCGAAAGAACAAGGAGUGCGGCUUCAACGCGCAGGGUCCGUGGCUCGCUCCCUGCGGCGCGGACCCGAACGACGCGGACCUGAACGACGGAGGAACAAACGAGCCGGAAGGACAAACGGCGAAGAGGAGGACCCGGUUCGUCGUGGUCGUGGCCGAGCCCGACGCGGGCGUCACCGUGGCCGGCAGCGACGCGCUCGGCGGCGGGGAUGGGGCGUCGUCGUGCGCGUGGCGGCUCGUCGCGCACCCGCCGUUGUCCAUACAGACGGCUUUGCCGUGCGAUUGCGAGUACGAGGUCAUCGACGCAUCCGACGGAUCCGUCGCCGCUCGGGGCGUCGUCAGGGCCGGAGCGAGGGAACCGGUCCUCGGCGUCGACCCGACGUCGCCGCUGCGACUGCGCCUCGAGCCCCUCGACGCGCCCAUGGGGGACGGGGAGAGCACCGGCCGCCGCUCGCGCGUUCCCUUCGCGUUUGCGAGAUGCCGCGGGACUGUGCCCGUCAACGAUCCCGUUCCCGGUGGUCGGCGGACGACGGACCGGUCCCCGGCGGUGCACGAGCUCCUCGUCUCGCCGUCCGACACUUUGUCAGACACGUCGUCCGGCGAUAAUCUUAUCCGACUGGCGGUGACGUGCGAACCCGCGUGCGCGACGCACGGCUCUCUGUCCGGCCCGGCGCCGAUCCUCGUCGACGUCAGAGCGCCGCUCGUCGUCGCCAACGGGUGCCCCUUCCCCGUCGCGAUGAGCGGGUUCGAUCUCGUCCCUACUCGGGGGCUUCGGGCGGCGGGUGCCGACGUCGUCUCCUUCACAAACGUCGCGACGACGAGCUCGAACUCGGGUGUGAACUCGCGCGGAACUACUCACGGCUUCGUCGUCGUCGCGCCCGGUCGGCAGACGAUGAUCCCCACGGACCCGCGGGGGGGAAAUCGCGAAGGGAAAAACAACGCCGGCGAGGAGGACCUUCGAAGGACCGUGUACGUGGCGCGGGCCGGGCACGGCAGGGCGCCGACGCGCGUCGAGGUGGAUCCGCGACGCGGAAUCGCCCGCGCCGCCGUCGCCACCGCGGAGGGUGUGGUGGAGAUUGUCGCGGCGGCGUCGGUGUGGGCACCCCCCGGGGUCACCGCCGCGUCGGCGACUCCAGCUGUGCGCGUCACGAUCGUGCCGGCGAUUGCGGCGGUGAACCUCUCGAACGUCACCGUCGCGGUGGAGGCUGCGGGUAGCGGGACGCCGCGGGACCUGGCGCCCGGAGCGGGCCCGGCGUGCGUGUUUCGGUCCCCCGGCGGCGGCGGCGCGUCGGAGGAGGCUCGGGGCGGGCGGUCGAAACGGUCGAAACGGUCGAAACGGUCGAAACGGUCGAACGAGGGCGGCGCGGGGGACACGGACGACGACGACUGGGACAUGGACGUCAGGUUGAGCGCCAGGUGCGCCGGUUCCGGUCACGCGUGGUGCCCGAGGAUGUCCGUCGCGCGUCUGGCUUCCAUGAACGGCGGCGCGUGGGUGCGACUGCCGAGGCUCGACGCCGACGACUCGGAGCCGGCGAACUUUUCGCUGGCGCACGUCUCCGUGGAGAGCCGCCGCGGCGGGGUCGAGGGCGCGGCGCUGCUGGUGAUUCGCGGGGGGUACGAGGCGAGCGCGGUGUGCUCCGGCGCGUCCGUUCGCGUCGCAAACAAGACGCUUGACAAGGACCACCGGGUCGUGUCCGUCCGACAGGUGGCGAGGCGACGCGGAGGAAAUUUAAACGGCGGUCCGUGGGAGCCGCAGGGUCCGUGGCUGUCCGUCGAGAGCGGUCGAUCGGUUCCGUGGGCGCUCGCGAACCCGCUGCGGGUGGACGACGUCGAACACGGUUUCACGCGAAUGCACCCGGCGCUCGGCUCUGUCGCCGCCGCCGGUUCUAAUUCGUCGAGCCGAGGCCCGGCGCUGACGCGGAGGUUGAACAUCGCGGAAAUAUCGGACGGAGCCGGCGAUCCAAACUGGUUCGGUUCGGACUCCGAUCCCGAAGGCGACGGAGACGGGGACGGGGACGGGGACGGGGACGGGGAUGAUGACGACGACGAGGAAUACGUCGAUCUCGGCGCCGCCGCCGCCGCGACGGAACCGGCGCACGUGGAGGUUGUCGUCGGGUCGGAUCCGGACGAUCCGAGGGCUCCGAGGGCGAGGGUGCCCAUCCCGGCCCUCCCGACCGCCCCCCGCCGCGCCGCCGCCGGACGUGCGCGGCCGGGUGAGGCCCGAGGGGGUCGGUACGAACGACGUGUCCACGCCGCGUACAUCCGGUUGGGAUCGGCGCUCGGCGAGGACGGGCGCGUGAGGGAGGGGACUUUGUACGCGGUGAGGCGGAGGUGGGACGGCGGCGCGUGCGUCAUCGAGGUCUCGCCCGCGGCGAUCGACGAAGACGGGGAGGGAAGGGAGGAGGAGGAGGUGUUGGAACAGACGGAGGAACAGACGGAGGAGGAGGAGGUGGGGAACGAGGUCGGCUCAUCGUCGUCUCCCGAAGAUCUCUCCCGAAGAAUCGACGAGAGCGUCCUCGAGGUUUCCCUGCCGACGGUGUCGGUGUCGCUGGUGGACGACGGCGACGAGCGCCUGCUCUGGUCUCUCGACGGCAUAGCGCUGAGGUCCGGCUCGAGGCUCGGCGUCGACGGCGGCGGCGCCUUUACCGAACUCCGCGUCCUCGCCACGCAGGUGGACGAUCAGCAUCCGCACACCGCGUUUCCCGUGCUGCUCUACCACAACCCGAGGCGGGGCGCGCUCCUGGACCUCGCCGUCACGUCCACGCCCCCACUCGACGAGAGCGACGCGUCGCACCCGGGGCUGUGCGUCAACGUCACGCCCGGCGGUUUGCACCUGCGGGUGCACGAGCCACUGAUUUGGAGGCUCCGAGCGUUUAUCGAUAAGAUCGCCGGAGGAGGCGGCGCGAACGGCGGCGCAGCGAACGGAUCGCGAACGGGUCCCGACGGUGGCGGCGACGGCGCGAUGAUCCGCGGCGAGGGUCGAAAGACCGCGGCGGUGGACGAUCCCUCGAUGUCGUUGGGCUUGCUCCGAGUCUCGUCCGUGGCCGUUCGACUGACGUUCAAGCCGACGCCGAGGUCGCGACCGAGCACGGUGGGCCCCGCGCUGGCGUCCGUGCUGGCGUUUUUAAACCUCGACAGACUUCCGAUAACGGUGGGCGCCUUCGUUCGGCACCGCGCGAGGCUGAAACGAUCGGACAUCGCGAGGCAGGUUGUCGGUCACGUCAAGGGCGAGGCGGUUUCGCAGUUUUUCGCGGUGCUGUCGUCCGUCAACCAUCUCGGCAACGUGGCCGGGACGCUGGACCAGUUCGGAGAUAACAUCCGAAGGCUGGGCAACCUCGGCCUGAAGGACGCGGGGGACGCGACGAACGACGAAGGCGGCGGCGGCGGCGGGGGGGACGGCGACGACGACGACGACGACGCGACGACGAAGGAUGCCGAAUACCCGUACGCGGGAGCCGCCGGUUUCCUCGUCGGCGGUCGCGCCGGCGGCGGCGUCGUCGCCGCCGCCGUCGAGAAGAACGUCAUCACCGGCGCGCUCACCGGCGGGAGCGAGCUCGCGAUGAACGUCGUCGGCGGCGUCGGCGGCAUCUUCACCAAGUCCGCGGCGGGGUUCCAGAGGUCCGGCAUCAGCGGCUUGGCGUCGGGAACCGCUCGUGGCAUCGGAGGUUUGGUCGCGGGCGCGGCUGCCGGAGCCGUCGGCGCGGUGGCGCGGGUGGUUGAGGGCGUGGACGCGACGGUCGGCGCGGCGCAGGAUCAGGUCAAGGGGGGCGCAGACGCCGCCGCCGCGGUUCGCCGGCGCCUGCCUCUCGCGACGAGGGGCGACGGCAUCGUCAGGGCUUGGAACGAGAACGACGCGGCGGGUCUGCACCUUCUCCGCGUCGCGAGUCGGAGGGAUUCGCUCGGGGUUCGACGCUUUCCAUUCGCCGGCGCCAGGUUCGAGGCGGCGCUGCCUUUAGAAGAAGAGUCGAACGGGGUUGGGGCGACGCGCGGUGGGGGCGACUCGCGUGUCGUGUUGCUGAGUCACCGCCACGUGGGCUGCGUGGCGACGGCGACGGGGGUUGUCGAGUGGAUCCUGCCGUGGGCGCGGGUGGCCAGCGUGGGCGUCGACGGGGACGUCGUCGUGGUGCACGCGAGGGGCGCCGUCGACGGCGGCGGCGACGGCGGCGGGGAUGCGUUCGGCGGCGUGCUGGGCAUCGGAUCGGUCGGUAAGACGAGCGGCGGGGACGUGGACAGGGCGAAACGAUUCGCUCGGUGCGGCUCCGCGGAUCGCGCGCGCGUCGUCGCGGAGAGGACGAGGGAGGCGUGGGCGGCUCACACGGCGCGGGGGGGCGCGACGGGGGGAGGAGGAAUUUGA